CACCAGGCAGCUGCAGGAGGGGAUGUGGGUUGCUGGGCAUAGCAGGGAGCUGGCUUUGCUCUGACCACGGUAGAUUUGCCCCGGAGAGUGCUGAGAUUGAAACCAUCUGAUGGGAAGAAAGGGGCUGAGCGCAUCACGGAUCAGUUCCUCAUUCCGCUCGCACUCGGGCCUCAGACUCAGUGGAGCUCAACACCGGUGCGUUGGUGGCAGCGCUGAGGGGCCCCCACUGCCCUGUCAUGGCAUCUGCUGUCACUGUCCUCCUCCUCGGCUGCUGGCUGGCCGGGCACAGCGGGGUGUGGGGAGGGCGUGAAUUUCUCAAACCGACCAUCUGGGUGAGCCCCAGCCGGGUAGUGGCGCUCGGGGGAAACCUCACCAUCCACUGUGAGGGUCGGCAACGAUCCAUGGAGUUCUUCCUGCGUAAAGCUGGACACCCGAACCCGCAGGUGCGGACGGUGCCUGAUGGGAAUGUGGCUGAAUUUCCCAUCACCAGUGUUGGCCGGGAAGAUGGAGGGAGCUACACCUGCGACUAUCGCUCCAUAGCGGAUCAGAAUCGCUCAUCGCAUCCCAGUGACCCCGUCGAGAUCAUUGUGGGAGAGCCCAGCUACCCCAAACCCAGCAUCUCCCUGCUGAGCCCCAGCGAGGGGGUCUCCCUGGGGGCAGCCGUGACCGUCCAGUGUCGGGGGCAGCACCAGGGCAUGCGGUUCGUGCUGAAUAAAGAGGGACGUAAUUUCCGACCCGUGGAUUCGGACGGGUUUCAGGCCGAGUUUUCCAGUAGCAACGUUCACCGGGAUCUUGGCGGGAGCUACAGCUGCUCCUAUCACAGCAAAUCGGAGCCGUUCAACGUUUCGUACCCCAGUGACCCCGUGGAGCUGGUGGUGAGAGAUCCCGGCUUACCCAGACCCUCCAUCUCUCUGAACUCCACCGGGGUCACCGCCCCAGGGGCAAACGUCACCAUCCGGUGUGAGGGGCAGCGCCGGGAUGUGAGGUUCUUCCUGCACAAGGCUGGAGACCUGAACCCGCAGCGACACAUGGACCCUGCUGGGGCCAGGGCCGAGUUCCGCAUCCCCAGCGUGGGCCGGCAGCACGGAGGGAGCUACAGCUGCAGCUACCGGCCCCGGUCAGAGCCCUUCGUCUCCUCGCUGCCCAGCGACACCGUGCAGCUGGUGGUAGCAGAGCCCAGCUACCCCAAACCCAGCAUCUCCCUGAGCCCCAGCUGGGGGGUCUCCCUGGGGGGAACUGUGGCCGUCCGGUGUCGGGGGCAGCACCAGGGCAUGCGGUUCGUGCUGAAUAAAGAGGGACGUCAUUUCCCACCCGUGGAUUCGGAUGGGUUUGAGGCCGAGUUUUCCAGUAGCAACGUUCACCGGGAUCUUGGCGGAAGCUACAGCUGCUCCUAUCACAGCAGAUCGGAGCCGUUCACUGUGUCAUAUCCCAGCGACCCCAUGGAGCUGGUGGUGAGAGAUCCCGGCUUACCCAGACCCUCCAUCUCUCUGAGCCUCACUUCAGUCACUGCCUCAGGGGCAGACGCCACCAUCCGGUGUCAGGGGCAGCACCUGGACGUGAGGUUCUUCCUGCACAAGGCUGGAGACCGGAACCCGCAGCGACACAUGGACCCUGCUGGGGCCGGGGCCGAGUUCCACAUCCCCAGCGUGGGCCGGCAGCACGGAGGGAGCUACCUGCUCCCCCAUCCUGACAGACACCGGUUCUAUUCCCACAGGGGGAACCGUCCCGACUCAGCUGGGAACGACGACAGUUCCCACCCGUCCGGGCUGCGCAGGGCCAGAUCGGAGCCGCCCAACUGGUCGUAUCCCAGUGACAUUGUGCAGAUCAUUGUAGCAGAGUCCUACUACCCAAAACCCUCCAUCUCCCUGCACCCCAGCGGAGGGGUCGCUCUGGGGGGAGCUGUGACCGUCCAGUGUCGGGGUCGGCACCAGAACAUGAGGUUCCUUCUGUACAAAGAUGGAAACUCGAACGCGCUGCAGGACAUGGAGCCGGCUGGGGACCUGGCUGAGUUUCCCAUUCGCCACGUGAGCUGGAGAGACGCAGGGACCUACAGCUGCUAUUAUCAUAACAAAUGGUACCUGGUCACCUGGUCAUAUCCCAGCGACCCCGUGGAGCUGGUGGUAGCAGGGCGUGAAUACCCCAAACCCACCAUCUGGGUGAGCCCCAGCAGGGUGGUGGCACUCGGGGGAAGCGUCACCAUCCGCUGUGAGGGUUGGUACCCAGGCGUGGAGUUCGUUCUGCGUAAAGCUGGACACCCGAACCCACAGGUGCAGACGGUGCCUGAUGGGACUGUGGCUGAAUUUCCCAUCCCCAGUGUCGGCCGGGAAGAUGGAGGGAGCAGCGGCGCCAACUUAUAUGGGCUCGAGGGGCUUAAGCCCCAGGAAUAUUCAAGGCUGAGGGCUCUGCUCCACCAAUAUUUGGAGCUGCUGGGUUUCUCGCCUGCCCCUGCCUCGGAGCUUCCCUGCCUGAAAGAAAACAGCCAGUGACUCUCUCCUUUGUUUGUGCUGCUUCUGCCUAAGGCUAUAGAGAUCAGCAGCCGGCAGCCUCUUGGCGCACCGGGGGAGGGAAAGAGGGAGAGAGGAGGAGGAAGGAAGCACACAGGUGUUUGGGAGCUC